UGUGACUGGAGUUUGUCAUACCUCUUAUUAAAGACUCUCCGGCCGUGACCAUUGCUCUCCUCCCCACUUUCUCAAGACAGUGUUUGUAAGAUCACAUAAUCCGGUGCAUCUGUCCUUCUUUUAUGACAGUUGAGGAAGAUUUGGCUGCUAUUUCUCAAUAAUGCUUGGAAUUUCCAUCAGAGAAAUAAAAUUAUUUGAAUUUUGCGCCAAACAAUUUGAUUUGUCAUGAAUUAUAUUUAAAAUAACCAAUGCCGUCCAGAUUCCAUGCAUUGACCGUAGCCACAGUGGUUAGAGUUCGAGAUCCGAAUGUUACCUACCCCUAUUGCAUUGAAUGCUACAGUAAAUUACGAAUCAAUUGUCAUUCAAAAAUUUGGCGCUGUUUUCGAUGUAAAAUUAAUUACAAUACAUGUAAUAUUCCUCAACGGUAUCGACUCUGUCUAGAAAUUGCUGAUGGAUCUGCUCUUUGUGGUGCCACAGUUUUUGGCAAAAGCCUAGAACCUUACUUUGGAGACUCUGCUGAAGAAAUUCAUUCUCUAUUGCAUUCAUAUGAUUCAAAUUAUAUAAUGAAUUUGUUGAAUGGCUUUUUUACUGGGAAGAGUUUUUUGUUUGGUUUUAAAACUUUACAUCCUCUUGAAAAAUCUGAUUUCAACAUGUCAUUAUUAUCAGUCUUGAAAUGCAGUUGCAGAAAACAGUGCCAGACACUUCCGACCGAUCUAAUUGCCUCUCAGAUGAUUAACUGCAAUAUUGGUAUGGCAUGCACAAUUAAAAUACUUUUAACUAAAAAUAACAAUUUUAAAACUCAAAACACUUGUCCUGCACUCAUUGAACAAGUUCUUCAAACGCCAAUAGCAUUAACUUUAACAGAAUCACCAUUAUUUAUUGAACAGACCAAUAGUAGGUCCACUUUGCCAUUAAUUUCUCAAGAGUUAAUUGUUUUAUCAUAUGAAAUGAAUCCAUCUGGGAUUCAAACUAGCAGAAAUCUCUCAGGUGUGUUAAUAUCAAGUUCUGGGGAAAGUGAAACCCCUAAUUUCAUUAACUCUUGUCCACAAAGAAGCCCUUCAUUUCAUGCAACGAAGUCACAGUCAACCCAAACUUACAAAUCUUUCAUUACAAACUGUUUUCCUGAUUUGUCAGCAGGAAAUAUUUCAGAUCAUUUGCUUCAUUCUUAUAAGAAAGUUCCAUCUGGAAGUCAUGCUAAUGUAAAGCAUCUUCCAGAAGUUUCUCUUGCUGAUAAUCGAAAUGCAGAAAUUCUUUCUUAUGCAUCUGAUUGUGAAGAUAUGUUUUUUGAGAAUAACAACUCUUCAGAUAUGGGACAUAAAUAUUCACUGGCAGUACGUAUUCCACAGAAAGAAUAUUCUAUGGAAUGUUCUUUGAAUGUAAAUAAUUAUAAUAAUGUCUCUUAUGCUCCUGAAUCAGAAGACUUAGAAGCUUUCUUAAACAGCUUCAGUGAUUCACCACAUGAACACUUUUCUGAAUUCCAAGAAAAUGCUGAGCUAAGUCAAAUGCAAACAACAAAAUCUAGUGAAAAACAGAUGUGUUUUCUAAACAGUUACAAUUUUAAAACAACUCUGAAAGAAACUUCUUGCAGUAAAUCAAAUCUAAAGAUGUUUACAAUGGCUGCUGUAAACAAGAUAAGAUGUGAAGAUAUUUGUAAAUCUUCAAGAGAAACGGGAGACUGGAAAACAAAGGAGAUAAAUAUUCUGUCUCUUUUAAGCUUCCAUUCAUCAACUGUGACCUAUUUCCUUCUCAACUUGUCAGUUCCAUAUCAUUUUUUAAAAUGUAUCUGGGAAAGUAAUUGCAGAGUAUCUAAUAACCCAAGGUACAAAAACAUGGACAAAUCAAACAGAAGUAAUUUAUUUACCGGCAAUUUGACUUAUCAUUCUAAAUUAAUGAUGCCUAAUUAUAAACUAAAUAGCUGGAGUGAAGCAAAUCAGCUUUGUGACAUGAGAAAUAAAAUUGUUACUAGACAACCUAUUACGGUGACUGAUGACAAAUAUUUACUUAAAAGUGCAGAUUUAUAUUUAUCGUCCAGUCCAGCUAAAAUUGUAACUAAAACUACUGUCAACAAUGAAAACAUUUCUGAUAUAUAUAGUAAAUAUCCUAUAAAAGUCUCUUCUACAAAUGAAUACUUACCAAAGUUCCAGUCUGUUGAGAGAUGCAUGUCUGCUGUCGAUGUUAUUAAAAAGUCAUCACCCAAAUCCAGUCCUUCAAAUAGUAUUUGCAAUAUCUUUCCUGGAGACUUUUCAAAAAUUGCUGACAUGUCAAAUAUUCCUUGUGAUUCUUGCAUUGAUGUUUCAGUCAUUAGUUCCUUUCACAUUAACAGAAUGUUCUCUGAGAAUGAAUCUAUAAAUGGCAACAUGUCUACAUCUGCUUCUUUCAAACAGCUUUCUCCCUUUCAAGAAACAAUACAUCCUAUAAGGUGUUUGUCUAAACAAUUUCCAAAUCAAGAUUCCAACCUUGAAAGUGAACCAUCUUUCCUAAAUGAAUCUAAGAAAAGGAAAAAAUGUAAUCAAUGUCGUUCAUAUCUUCCAAGAUGUCUGUGCAAUGAUUUUUCAGAAAAUAAAGAAAAUAUUUCAUACAAUGGAAGAAAAGAAGCUUUAUGUUUUCCUAAAAAAUUAGGUAAUGCAAGCUUAUCUGAAAGCAAACAAUUUGUUAAUAAGAUUCUCCGACCACGCAAUAAAAACCAUCAUUCUGUUCCAACUAAGAGAUCUCAAACCUCUUCUACAAUCAGGAAAAGUCAGCUUUCAGACUUACCAUUUGCAGAUGGCUUUCAUUCUUUCUCAACCAAUGUUAAUCUUAGAAAAUGCCAUAGUCUCACUUCUACACCAGUUCCACAUUUCCAUAUUUAUCAAACAUCAUAUAGAAAUCUGCCACAUAAUGAUUCUUCAACUGAAGAAAAUAUUGAACGCUUAUUUCCAGUAACUCCAAUUAAAUGCUCUUCAGAGAACCAAAAGCAGUCUCGUCCAAAUUCACCUUCAAUUUAUUCUGUUGAAAGUCACAACUCUGAAUCUUAUGUAUUAUUACCAUCUGGAAGUCUUCAGCAAGAUUGCCAAGAGAGUCCCAAAGAAGAGGGCAAUACGUCACAGGAUUUAUAUGAUCCUUCGACUGAAUUGUUUUUAUCCUCUCCUAAUCCAGAUGUAUUACCUGUCAAUGCUUCAGAAGACCUAUUUAGCUGUUCUUGGAAAUCUUCAAACCAAUUUAUUCCACAAACACCCAGUAGUACCCCAGUUUCAGUAAGAAAUAUUUGUUUAAAUAGAAGAGAUGGUAUUAACAAUACUUUUAAUCAAAGAAAGUCUAAAAAAUCUAAAUAUCCUCUAACCAAAUGCCUUCUAAAAAGACAAAUUUUCAAGAAAAUCAAUAAUUCUAAUCAAUUCCAAGCAAGAUGCCAAAUGAAAAAAUUGUCUCCUUCCAAUACUAUUCCAAAGACAAUCAGUGUGCCAUCUUCACCCAUGGGACCCCUCAAUAGAAAAGAUUCAUCUGAAGAAAUAUUAGAAACUUUGUUUUCUCCAAGAAUAUUGUCUCAAAAUGAGUUCAACUCACCAAGAACUACAAAUUAUAUAGAAUCAAAAGAAAUCUCUAGAUGUAAUUCUUUAAUCAUUCCUAAAACAAUGAGAAAUAUUUUUCAAAUUAUGGAACAAUCUCAUGAAUCAGAACAGUUUUGUAAAUCCUUUCCAGAAUCACAAGAUUUAUUUUCACCUGAAAUUCUUUCUGCAACACAAAAUAAAACGAAACAUUUGUUUACUUUACAAAACACAAAUACCAUUUCCAUAGACAAUCCAUUUCAUUCCUGUUUUAAGUCAAAACCUGAUGUAAAUCAACUGCCAACUCCGUCUACUGAAGUAUUUAAAGAAACUCUUUGUAAUGUAACACAUGAGCUUUUAGAUGCAGAAAUCCAUGGUGUAUUAAAUCAAAAUUCAACUAAGGUCAAUUGUAAAAUAUGGAAUAAAACUUAUUUACAUCAAAGAACACCUGUCUUAUAUAAUAAAACAUUGGAUAUUUAUGCCUCACCUGAUUUAUUCUGUACACAACCAGACAAUUCAAAUGUCCAUUCACAUCUUUCUGAAAAUUUCUGUCAAAAUAUCCAGACUCUUCCACAGUCACCUGAUAUAUUCACCUCAAACACUUCUGUUCAGAGUGACUCUCCCAACAUACUUGCUGAAACACAGCCUGAUGUAGAUAAUUCUAUACAUUCACCAGACAUAUACAAUGAAACAGAGACUAACUCUUGUAACCUAUUGCUCUCGCCUGAUAUUUUUUCUCCAACACAGAAAAGCAAACCAAAAUAUUUAUUACACUCAAUUGAUCCUCUUUGUUGCACACCUGAAAGUACAAAGCACUACAUAUCAUCUCCUGAUAUAUUCUUCGAAACACAGAACACACAACACCACAUGAAGUCACCUGACAUAAUCAGUCAGACACAAGAACCAUUCUUCAAACAUAAAAAUAAAUAUUCAUAUUCUUGGAAUCAAAUUUCCUCACCUACAAAAAUCACUGAUUCACAACAUAAAGACACAGUUUAUAAAGUUUCCACUUGUUCUGAUUUAGCAUCAAGUUCUGACAAUAGUUUAUGA